GUGGAUGUUUUAAAUAAGGAAGAAAUAGAUAAAGAGAGGUGAGUUUUCCAGGAAGGAGAUUGUCACAUGGACCUGUGUGGAUCCAAUGCACAAGCUGCCUUUCCUAGCACUGCAGUCACAGCUGCUCAGUUACUGGGGGAAAUCUAACCGUCGAAACAUCUUUCCAUCUUUUCCGAAGCAUAGUUUCCUAACUAACCAGUGCUUGUAUCAAGACAAAAACCUUACCUUUUUUAUCAGCUGGACUCUCCUCCUUCUCUCCCCAACAGAUUUCCCGUGAGUCGCGGUGCACACAUCUCUGGCAAAGCGAAACAAGUGUCUGUGUGCUACAAGAGGAAGUGUUCGUUGUCGCGUCACGGCGUCGUGGUGAGCUCCUGCGUGCGCCGCAGAGCGCCCCCCGCAGGUCGGGCUGUCUGUGACAUGGCCAACAAGGAGAAUGAACUGACCUGCUCAGAGGAAGUGCAGGCCAUACACUACAAUGACUGCUGCGUUUUCCCCGUCAACUCUGCGGCAGAAGCAGGCUCCAAGAUGGCAGGGCCGGGAAACAAGUACAGUGAUUACUUCACGGAGGUGAGAUACUACCAGCUAGCCCCAGUUCACUCCCUACCCCGUCCCAUAGGCCCCCUGAUCCUUUGAUGUUUGCAGACCUGUAGGGAGCGAUCAUUGGGACGGACCACUGCUGCGCUACAUACUUUCCAUUCCCAACAUCAAACCCUUGCCCCUGCGCUCUUGGAUCUGAGAGGGUUGGAAUUGUCACCAUAUUGCCAAUACCUCUCCAAUCCUUGCACAGUGGGUAGAUGCAAGGGAUAUAUUCGUAGACCCUGUUUAUUGGGAAGAAAAGUGUCGCUCAAUGUUAUUCUCUUUCUGAGACCAUGCAAGCGUUUUUUUCUGUUUGUUCGUUUAGCUUUUGAAGUGGAUUUUAUUGACAUGUUUUGUAAUGCCCCCCUCCUUGUGGGAAUCUUUCCUGACCAGCUAUCGAAGGAUCAUGAUGCAAUGACACGUGUGCUUUUUGGAAGGAAUCUCCGGCUAAAUGUAGCUCUGACACUAUGGCGAAGAAACGCCAGCGAACUAGUGGCGUACUUGAUCAGGUAGGAACGCUGACUUCUCAUCCAUCUUCAUGUUUGGAAGGACUUCCUCUCCAUAUACUGUUAACGAUUAAUCAACACGUUCAUAUCCAAUAAACACUGUCUUUGUUCCGUAGAAUCGAAGACACAGGCGUGCUUCUUGACUGCCUACCAGUUAUAACGAAAAAGUGAGUGUCACAGUUGAAUUGAACAUUAUAAUGGUUGGCUGUGAUGAUGACAACUUGUGACACGCGUGUUCAUGUUGUCUCUCGUUUUGCUCCCGUAGCCUUCAAGACGAAGCUCCGUGCAUAUCACUGGGCUGUUGUGUAGACCUCCUGCCACAAGUCAAAACCAUCCUCGCCAGUAAAUAUGAAGAGUGAGUUAAACUGUGGAAUUUUGUAUUUAUUUAUUUUACCCUUUAUUUUACCAGGUAAGUUGACUGAGAACAAAUUCUCAUUUACAGCAACGACCUGUAGUUGCUGCUACUGAAGAAGUACCUGUGGGAUCCACCUGAAUGCUAAUUUUAGUUCUGUCCCUUCUCCAGACACCUGAUUGUGGGUCUGCGCUGGGUUCAGUCUGUCAUUAAGAAAUGGUGGCCAGAACUCUCCGCAAACAGCAAGAGCCUGCAGGACAGCUGCUCAGAGGACAGGUAUAUUAACAGGUUUUCAUAUUUUGCUGUUCGCUCCCACGUUUGGUUUACUUAACCAUUUACAUUACAUUUAACCAACUUACUCUUUCUCCUGACAGCACAGUUAGGGUCUUAGUGGCAGCGCACAUUGAAAGGCUCCGUGCAUGAUUUUGCUACCUAAUUUGACUUGUGUCUGUUUUGCAGGAACUUCCGAGUGAUGAAGCAGCAGCUGAAGGAAUUAUGGGAGGAAGGACCCCGGUUAAGUUUAGUUCCAGGAAGUACAGGAGAGAUGGCAAAG